AUGAGCUUUGCUGUUGCUGAAGCUGCUUCUCGAGGCAGAGCACUGCAGGGGCAACAGGCUGGAGGUGGUGGAAACACGGGCUCCAGCCAUGGAUCCAGGUGUCAAAAUGCCUUUCCAAAUGUCUCAAAAAAUUCCUCAAAGAAGCGAAGACGGAGCUGUAAAGAUGAGGAAAGCCAGCCUGUCCCACCACCAAAACGUCUCAGCAACAAUAAUUUGUUGCAGGAUCUACCAAGAGACAGCUGGGAUUGCGAGUCCUCAAGCAGUGAUAGCAGCAGUAUUGUCAGCAGUCCUGACAGACUGAAUGGACACUUACCGGCUGAAGCCAACUUGAACUGGACCAAGCCAGGCAACAGCUCAACUAUGCUUCAAUUUUCUGAUUCCAUUGAACAGUCUGCACAAGGUCCAUACUUGCAAAUCAAUCAGAUCCUGAAAGAGGCACACUUCUAUAGCUUGCAUCAGCGUGGACAUCAAACGUGA